CAUCCGAGGGCGGGACGGACCUCCUUGUUUCUUUCCUCGCCACCCCGGCCACGCUGCCCAUCCAUCCAUCGCCGAUCCAUCCAUGACCUCACCUCCCACUUCUGACUAACUCCGGGGACGCAUCGCCAUCGCCUUGGCUGCCUGUGUUUAUAUAGAGGCACGUCCCCGCGGCCUGCCAGUGCCAGGAGCAGACCGCGCGCGCGCCCCGUCCCCGGCCUUUGCAUCGCCAAGCCAUGGCCGUGGACCUGCAACGCCUGCGCCACAUGCUGCUCGCCAACCGGCCGGGCGCCUCGGCCGCCGCCAUGCCUGCGAGCGGGCCUUGUUACGGCGCCGCGGUGACGGGCCAGCAGCUUGGGUGCCAGCCGUACGCAGACAUCUUCACGCCGCCGCCGACGAUGUCGGCCGCGGAUCAGUACUCGGAGUUGUUGGCGCUGGCCGCGGCUGAUCUGGCGAGGAAGGGCGACGGCGCCCAGGAAAUGACCUCCGGCAACAAGCGGAGGCGCGUCGACGAGGGGGCGUCCUCGUCGGUGCUCGGCGAAGUUCUUGCGGCCCACGCGCAACAGCAGGCCGUCGCCGUCGACCACAUCCUGCACAGACAUGCGAGAAAGAUGUGGGCUGCUCUGGCGGAGCAGAGGCGGAGCCACCUGCGGUUGAUCGUGUCCACCGUGGAGGCCAGGGCGGCGAAGCGGCUCAAGGCCAAGGACGAGGAGAUCGAGCGGGUCCGGGGCAUGAACUGGGCGCUGGAGGAGCGCCUCAGGAGCCUCUACAUGGAGGCUCAGAUGUGGCGCGACGUCGCGCAGUCCCACGAGGCCGCGGCCAGCGUGCUCCGCGCCGACCUGCAGCGGGUGCUCGACGCGCAGGCGGUCCGCGGCGGUGCCGGUGGCGACGGCGACGGUCAGGACGACGCCGAGUCGUGCUGCUGGGGGGAGAACCAGGUGCCCGUCUGCGCGGAGGAGGAGGCCGAGGUGGGCACGCCGGCCACGACGGGAGUCGGAAGGUGCAAGGGGUGCGGCGAGGGCGCGGCCGUCGUGCUGCUGCUGCCGUGCCGGCACCUCUGCGUGUGCGCGCCGUGCGCGGCAUCGGCGCAGGCGUGCCCGUCGUGCGGAUGCGCCAAGAACGGCAGCGUCUGCGUCAACUUUUCGUGAUGCGGGAGGAAUAGUUUUAGAGUAGGGUCGACUUUUCUUGGCUUUAUUUUCUUCAUCCUUUUUUUCUGUUCCCCUUCUUUUGUUCAGUUUAGCUUUUUGCUCAAACUGUUGGAUCAGUUGUUCAACAAGAAGAAAAAACUGUCCGUAGUAUUGCAUA